GUUCCAGGAUAUCCAACAACCUAUUACAGCUCAGACUCGCUACUGCUAUCGACAGAAACAGCGGAUUCGUUUGAUGAAAGCUAUCCAACUGAGUUUCUCAACACUCUUACAUUCAACGGAGUACCAGACCACGAGAUCCCAUUAAAGGUAAACACACCAGUUAUGCUCUUACGCAACUUAAACCCUGGUCUUGGCUUAUGCAACGACACAAGAAUAAUGAUCACAUCGUUGGGCAACAACUAUAUAAAAGGCAACAUUAUGGGUGGUUCCUAUGAUACUGAUGAGGUCAUUAUACCAAGGAGGCAAUUUCCGGUUCGACUAUGCUAUGCGAUGACUAUAAAUAAAAGCCAAGGGCAAACACUUGAAAAGGUUGGGAUAUAUUUGCCUGAACCAGUGUUCAGUCACGGCCAACUUUAUGUGGGAGUUUCAAGAGUAAGAUCAGCAAGAGGUUUGAGGAUUCUUAUAGAAAACCCACCAGAAAUACCUCAUGAAUUUACAAGAAACAUAGUCUUCAACAAAGCAUUUGCCAAUAUAGUGGAUACCUAA